AUGGUAAAUACAUAUUCUUAUCAUAUUAUAGCCACAACCACUAGUUUGGGUAUAAGUGAAGCAAUCUGGACAAAUUCCAACACCUAGAUCAGGUCAUACAUUUGUAACUGUUGGAAGAACUCAUAUCCUUUUUGGAGGAUUAGAUAGUGAAAAAAAACCAGAUGCCGAAAAGAAAAAUACAAAGAUUGCACCGAAUAAUUAAGGUACAUAUUGUCAUUAACAUAUAAGUUUAUUCAUUAAGAGUAGCACCAAAUGUUUGUGAAUGGAAGUUAGUAUAAUGUUCUGGGGAUCCACCAUUACCUAGAACCAAUCAUGCUGCAUGUGCUAUUGGACAAGAUAAAAUGCUUAUUUUUGGUGGAUUUUACACAUCAAAUCUCCGUUUUAAUGACACUUUCAUCUUAAGAACAACUAAUUUUUAAUGGGCUCAACCACCCAAUUAAAAAGUAACUGGGGAACCUAAAAAUGCUGAAUCUAAGAUUGGAGCACCAGAACCUAGAGGAAAUCAUUCAGCUACCUUUCAUAAAAAUAAAGUUUAUGUUUUUGGAGGACAUGGAGGAGUUGGAUAUGCUACUAAAUCUUUCAAUGAUUUAUAUGUUUUAGAUUGUGAAAGUUUCGAAUGGUCAUAACUAGAGCCAACUGGAACACCACCUGAUCCUAGAGGAGGACAUAAUUCAUAAAUUAUGGGAUAAAAUGAUUUGCUUAUGAUUUUUGGCGGAUGGAAUCAAAUAUCAUAAUUUUAAAAUGUCAUCAUAUAUGAUAUUAAUAAUAACAGUUGGGUAGAUCCAGAAAUCUCACAUGAAAUACCUAAAUGGAAUAUGGCUGGAAUCAUGGUGCCAUCUAUUCCAUCAUGGAAAUAUUUCAUUUUUGGUGGAUAAGUUGGAAAUUUUGAAGAAGGUGGUAACAGAACAGCAAGUAGAUUAGUAGAUGAUACAUUUGUAUUAGAUGUAGAUGCUAAGAAAUGGUCACCUGUUUAAUUAGAAGAAGAUAAACCAGUCAAACCUAAAACUAGAGAAUCUACAACUUUAAUUUAUGAUUCAUCAGACUCUAGGAUUUUGAUGUUUGGUGGUUGGUCAAAUGCAUGGAUGAAUGAUAUUUAUGCAUUAAAUGUAUCAUCAAUUGUUGGACCUCCUUAUGCUAUUUAUUCAAUUAAACCAUGUUUAGGUCCAUUAACAGGAAAAACAAAAGUGUCUAUAGCAGGAGAUGGCUUUAAGGAUUCACAGAAUAUUAUUAUAAGAUUCUUUUCAGGAAAAGCUUAAGAAGAUGUUCCAGGAGUUUAUGUUAGUCCUACUGAAAUAACAUGUGAAACACCUUCAUAUGAAAAACAUGGAGCUAGAAAAGCUGAAGUUAAAGUCAGUAUGGAUAAAUAAGAUUUUACUAUUAUGAGUCAAUUUUAUUCAUAUUUCUUAAAUUCAAAAGCUGAAAAGACAUUAAUGUUUGGACCAGGAGUAUUGAGAGAAAAUGCAACAAAAAUUGAUACUAUGUUUUAUAUUCAAACAAGAAAUUUGAAUAAUUAGAAUAGAGAAAGUGGUGCUGAUGAAUUUUAAAUAGAAAUUACUAGACCUGAUAUAUUAGCAGAAUUAGAUGAGGAAAGAUAAAGAGAAGCUAUCAGAUUAUAAUAAUUAGAAUAAAUGGAUCCUGAAGAGAGAGAAAGAAUUGAAUAGGAAUCACAUAAAAAAAGAAUUGUUAAGAGAAAGAAAGUUAAAAUACCAUAAGAAGGAGAAGAAUAAGGUGAAAAUUAAGAAUCUGAAUAUGAAGAAGUUGAAGAAGAUGUACCUUAAGAAAAAACAAGAUUAUAAUUGUUAGAAGAAAAAGCUAUCAUCAAAUAUACUAUUCAAGAUAAUGAUGAUGGAUCUUAUGCUGUUAAAUAUUAAAUUGAAGAACCAUGUGAAGUUAUUGUUAAUGUUAAAUUAAAGAAUGAAAGAGGUGAAUUUAAUGAAAUUAGAGGUNAUAUGAUAUUAAUAACAAUAGUUGGGUAGAUCCAGAAAUCUCGCAUGAAAUACCUAAAUGGAAUAUGGCUGGAAUCAUGGUACCAUCUAUUCCAUCAUGGAAAUAUUUCAUUUUUGGCGGACAAGUAGGAAAUUUUGAAGAAGGUGGUAACAGAACAGCCAGUAGAUUAGUAGAUGAUACUUUUGUAUUAGAUGUAGAUGCUAAGAAAUGGUCACCUGUUUAAUUGGAAGAAGAUAAACCAGUCAAACCUAAAACUAGAGAAUCUACAACUUUAAUUUAUGAUUUAUCAGACUCUAGGAUUUUGAUGUUUGGUGGUUGGUCAAAUGCAUGGAUGAAUGAUAUUUAUGCAUUAAAUGUAUCGUCAAUUGUUGGACCUCCUUAUGCUAUUUAUUCAAUUAAACCAUGUUUAGGUCCAUUAACAGGAAAAACAAAAGUGUCUAUAACAGGAGAUGGCUUUAAGGAUUCACAGAAUAUUGUUAUAAGAUUCUUUUCAGGAAAAGCUUAAGAAGAUGUUCAAGGAAUUUAUGUUAGUACUACUGAAAUAACAUGUGAAACACCUUCAUAUGAAAAACAUGGAGCUAGAAAAGCUGAAGUAAAAGUCUGUAUGGAUAGAUUAGAUUUUACUAUUAUGAGUCAAUUUUAUUCAUAUUUCUUAAAUUCAAAAGCUGAAAAGACAUUAAUGUUUGGACCAGGAGUAUUGAGAGAAAAUGCAACAAAAAUUGAUACUAUGUUUUAUAUUCAAACAAGAAAUUUGAAUAAUUAGAAUAGAGAAAGUGGUGCUGAUGAAUUUUAAAUAGAAAUUACUAGACCUGAUAUAUUAGCAGAAUUAGAUGAGGAAAGAUAAAGAGAAGCUAUCAGAUUAUAAUAAUUAGAAUAAAUGGAUCCUGAAGAGAGAGAAAGAAUUGAAUAGGAAUCACAUAAAAAAAGAAUUGUUAAGAGAAAGAAAGUUAAAAUACCAUAAGAAGGAGAAGAAUAAGGUGAAAAUUAAGAAUCUGAAUAUGAAGAAGUUGAAGAAGAUGUACCUUAAGAAAAAACAAGAUUAUAAUUGUUAGAAGAAAAAGCUAUCAUCAAAUAUACUAUUCAAGAUAAUGAUGAUGGAUCUUAUGCUGUUAAAUAUUAAAUUGAAGAACCAUGUGAAGUUAUUGUUAAUGUUAAAUUAAAGAAUGAAAGAGGUGAAUUUAAUGAAAUUAGAGGUGCUCCUAAAAAAGCAUAAUUUGUAGAUGGUGUUGGACCUAAAAAUAAUUAAUACACAGGUUAAUAAUUAGUUAAUUAUGUUACUAAUAAGAAUGAAGAAAUUAAUAAAUUAAUUGAUACAUC